UCAUUCUUUUACAGAAGAAGACUAGUAGACCAUCGCAAAAUAAGUGUUCAAGCUAACCCAGGUGACACGUAGUUCAAUCGAAAUGAGGUGUUUGUGUGUACUUCUGCCAAUAGUAACCGUUCAGGUAUGAAUAGAAAACGAGCUCUGAUUUCCGACAUUUUCAAGGUGAAGAAAAGCCGAACUGCUACCGAGAAAUUUGGUAUCAAGAGUGAUGAACAAGGUCCGCCAGAUGUUCGAGCGAGCCUGGAGUACCUCAUGACGCUGUUCCCCAGAAAGCUUUUCAAUGACACUUUGCCUCAAAUUGUACUCAAGCACCAACUGUACAGCAUUCACCAUGACAAGACUCUGGUGGACAAAGAGGUGAAUAAGCUGUGCGAGAAUGGGGAGCUGCUCAUGUUCCAGCUCGGCUUCGACGCCGAGGCAUUUGGCCUGGUUUUCACGUCCGACUACAAGGCCAAAGUGUUGGCCGGAGAAGAGGGCAAAGCGACUCGAGGGACGGUGGACAAAUUCUUGGAGAAAGUUUUGUCGCCUUGCACAGAUCUGAGCUUCAACAAAGACCAGAUGAUCAGGGAGUUCCUCUUCACGGAUGCUGAAAUCACGCAACUGGUGAAAGCCGGGGUGCUGACUGUGAGGGACGCCGGCAGCUGGUGGCUCUCCAUUCCCAACUCUGGCAGAUUCACCAAAUACUUCAUACAAGGUCGGAAGGGCGUGCUGAGCAUGGUGAAGAAGUCCAGGUACGGAGAAGCGUUACAGGCCGAGCUUGAGGGGCGGCGGACCACCUCGCAAGUGAAAUUCCACAUCAAGUACCACAUCCACGAUCUCGUCGGCGCCGAGCUGGUGGACAGCAUACCAACUACUUCGGGAACUUUAUUACGAUUUGUUGACUCCUGAAGUAGUGACGAGGAGAAUAAAAAGCCGCUCAUCUUGGUUCUGUAUCGUUUUGUGAUGUCUGCAAAACUUUUUAAAACCCUGUGGGUUCAUGAAAUAUACUUACUGUUCUAGACCUUGUCAGGUUUUUGAUUUAUGUAAUAAAAGUCAUGAGCAUGA